AUGAAGGUUUCUGGUUCAUACGCCGCCAUCACGGCUCUGGCUGCCACCGCCAAUGCCAGGCACCUCCUGGUUCGCUCCGAGCCCACCGUUGCUGUCUCCCUCGCCGACAACGGUGUCAGCCCUCGCCCGACUGAGGCACCGAAGUACGACCUCUUGCGACGAGCCGAUCAGGGCACUUUGCUCUAUGCUCCCGACAACACCUGCGGCUACAUUUCCGGCCUCGAAGGCGCCGGCUAUACCUGCUUUGGCACCUACACCUGCGCCUUCAGCAUAACGAAAGAUGAGGGCCAUGUCGCUUGCUGUGCCGAUGGUGUGUGCAACAUGCGAUUCGCCUGUAUCGACUACGCUGGCUACUUCUCUUCGAGCCAGUGUACCGGCGGAUGCGAUGUUGAUGCUUUGACCCUGAAGUGUACCGAGGCCUCCGCUCAAUACUGCAACACUAUCUCCUUCUCCGGCGGUGUGUCUGACUACUGGUGCAACAGCCAAAAUGUUUCCACCGCCCGGAUGGCCACCACCACCUUCAGUGGCGGCGAUGCCCGAGUGUACACCACCCAGGACGAUACCUCUUCCAGUGCCAGCGUCAUCACCUCUGGAUCCGCUGAUCUCCCUACCGUGACUGUCUCGUCUAAGCCUUCCCACACAUCCGGUAGCGCCUCCGAAUCGACCAGCUCCAGCUCCGGCGGUGGUUCCUCAACUCCCGUUGGUCCCAUCGUCGGCGGUGUUGUCGGCGGUGUUGGUGCCCUCGCCAUCGCUGGUGCCGCUAUCUGGUUCUGCCUCCGCAACAAGAAGAAGAAGGAGGCCGCAGCCGCCACCACGGCUCCCCCGAACUACCAGUCGCCCAACAUGCAGCAGCAGCCCGGCGUUGGCCCCAACGGUUACAACCCUGUGCCCCAGGGCCAGGCCGGAUACUACGACCCCAAGAACGCCUACUCAACUCCCACCCAGCAGUACAACCAGGCUGCUGUCCCUGGGUUCUACCCCCAGAACCAGCCCGGAUCUCCCGACUACAGCCAGACGAACCCUUCAUCUCCUGGCACUUACGAUCCUCGUAUGGCUCACUCCACCACCAGCCCCUCGCCCUCGUACAACCAACAGAUGCAAGGCCAGCCCGGCUUCCAACCUCAGCAGGCCGUCAUCCACGAGGCUCCCGCCAACGCCGUUGGCAGCAACGGCCGCGGCGACACCCACGAGCUUGCUUAA